AUGAAGAUGGCCUCAGCAGCUAAGUUUACGAAAGCAGAACGUGAAUUAGCAUCAGCCCGCCCCUUCGGUUACGGGCCACGAAAGUUCUACGAGUCUAGCCAUUUGCUGAAAACGGAGAAGAAAGAUGAGAAAGGCAAAGAACCGACACCUGAACCAGUGACACAGAAGACAGAAGAGGGCAGAGAAUCCAAGAUAAGUAAAAGGUUACACGUGGCUGUCACUUCUGAUAGAGGUUUGUGCGGCGGCGUCCACUCGGGGGUCUCGCGCCGCAUUCGCAGGACGCUGACGGAGCGGAAAGCGGACGCCAAGUCCAACAGGAUCGUGUGCAUCGGGGACAAGUCGCGCGCCAUGCUCCGGCGACACUUCUCUGGCAACAUGCUGGUCAACAUCAAAGAUAUUGGUCGUGUAGCUCCAGUGUUCAGCGAUGCCUGCAUAAUCGCCGCUGCGAUCGCCCAGUCGGGAUAUAUCUACGACUUGGGGGACAUCUACUACAACAAAUAUUUCACUCCCAUCAAGUAUGAGACGACCACCAUCCCAUUCUUCAACAAACUCAUGAUCGAGGCUGCGCCGAACAUGAGUGCGUUUGACGACGUGGACGAAGACGAAUUGCAAAGUUACUCGGAAUGGACGUUUGCAGCAUUGCUGUUCUACACGCUGAAGGAGUCGGCAGCAUCGGAGCAGUCAGCGCGCAUGGCGGCUAUGGACAACGCGACCAAGAACGCCCAGGACCUGAUCAGGAAACUGACGUUACUGUUCAACAGGACCCGCCAGGCAGUCAUCACCAGGGAACUGAUAGAAAUCAUUUCUGGAGCUGCUGCCUUGUAAUAGGCACUAGAUACCUUAGUAAAAAAAAUUUCCUUA